AUGUCUCCAUCCAUGCGACUUCUCAAGCAGAUGGACGAGGAAGAUGGUUUUGGUCAAGAAGGCAUUCCUCUUAAGCGGACGGAUUCUUUGAGAUUGUCCUCCAAAUUAUGGUUCCAUGAUUCGCAUUCUUCACUGUUCACAAAGCGAAACUGUCCCCUACCCACACACUACACUCUUUCGAAAACUUCUGGGUUCUACUCUGUUCGUGAGUACAAGAGCAGGAGAUUCAGAAGAAGUAGCAAUGACAAAGACGAGACCAGCUUCUUCAUCCUCAACGCACCACCUGUUGUUGUUGCCUAUGAAUGA